GACUCGCCUUCAUCUAGUCAUUCUGUAAAGGUAUUCAACGUCACAUUUCCUCCACCGCCGGCUUGUUUGCCUCCUUGGAUGUCUCUGCCUGCCAGCCUCGGAUGUCAUGAGACGGGAAACCCCACGCAAAGCUCAAACCUAUUUUCCUGGAUUGACUCAGUUUGGAAUGGCUUAACAAGCAUGGAUUUACUUCUAUGGCUGCGCAUUAAUGGACGAAUGUCAGGAGGCAGCGCGUCCACUGUGUGUAUGCAUACUUAACAAUAACAGGCUCCCUGUGGUGUGUUUCAUCAUUGACAGUUAGAGGACAUUAUUUUUGUUUUCCUGCGUAAACUGCCAUUCACCCGCAAUGUCAGCAAUCCCUUCCAGUCCAAGGUCCUAUUUGCAGUUUUAUGAGCACCACGAGCAUCAUUACGAAGGCAAAGGCUAAACUGAAGACAUAAACAUGCUGCCAAGAAAUUCUUCAGGUGCAGAGGAUCUGCUGGGAAACAGUAGUGACAGCAGGCCAGGCAAUGUGGAGCAGGUCCUUGUCCCUUUUUUUGAUGUCCUAAUCCUGGUGUUGGGGUUAGCAGGCCACAGCACAGUCAUGUUCAUCCUCUGUCGGAGGCACAGGAAGAGGGCGGGUCAGUCUGCACAGAGCUCCAUGACAGAAACGGGUACAGACGUCCUACUGCUGGCCCUCAGCUCUGCGGACUUGCUUCUUCUCGCCACGCUUCCUUUUCACACCGCCGCCAUCGCCAUGCAGCAGUGGCCAUUUGGAGACUUCCUGUGUCGCAUGGCGGGCUUUUUGGGAUCGGCCUGCUCCUCAGCCAGUGCCUUCACGCUGUCCGCCCUCGCCGUGUCACGCUACAUGACGGUGGUGCACCCUGCCACAGCUUACCGCCUCCUCUCUCCUCGCCGGGUUGCCAUGGCGGCUACGCUUCUUUGGGUACCAGCCUGCUGCCUGGCGACGCCUCAGUUUGUGUUCCGCUCAGUAGGAAUUUUGGGAACCCCUCCCGGCCGUUCCGACGGGCUUGCUUGCUUCGCUUUCUUGUCGCAUAACGACCAACUAAUUUACGGAUUGUUCCAUUUUCUCUUAGCUUUCUUGCUCCCGCUAAUCACCAUCACCAUCGCAUACGGAAACAUCUACUUGUUCCUGUGGAGGACUCAGAACGCGGGCCAGGCUCCACAAGUAGAACGCUAUCAGAACAAGGUAACCCAGACAUCUGCAAUGCUGGUUCUGGCAUUUACUCUAUGCUGGCUGCCUUCUUAUGGCCUGAUGCUGGCCUUACUGUCUGAUCGGAGCUCAGGUGCCACCGGCACCUCGCCACGUUACGGUGCGUUCACCGUGUUCUCACGACUCACGGCCAUCGCGUCCACCGUCCUAAACCCAAUGCUGUAUGUGCUCAUGUCCCAGAAGUUCAGACAGGAUCUAUUGAGGUUGUUCAAGAAAGAAGGGCACAGAGCCAGCGGAGGUGCGGCUACCUGAUUGAGGUCAUUAAUCACCAGAUGAUCCACAGCCCUGGGAGCUACACAGUACAACUAAUCAUUUACCAUUAAAGUCAUUGCCAAGACGAUCAUCGUUGCAAGGAAUGAGCGCUUAUAUCAUUAAAGUCCACUUGAAAAGAGUGGUGAAAUAACUCAAACAAA